AAGCCGAUGACGACGAACGCCGAACGAACGAGGAGAGGAGCCGACUUCGGAAGUCUUGACAGUUCUAAACCAGCUCGUUUUCUGGCCUGUAACUCUAUUGGACUGGAUGGUCCUUUAGUUGGCCUGUAACUCUAUUGGACUGGAUCGUCCUUUAGUUGGCCUAUAACUCUAUUGGACUGGAUGGUCCUUUAGUUGGCCUGUAACUCUAUUGGACUGGAUGGUCCUUUAGUUGGCCUAUAACUCUAUUGGACUGGAUCGUCCUUUAGUUGGCCUGUAGCUCUAUUGGACUGGAUGGUCCUUUAGUUGGCCUGUAACUCUAUUGGACUGGAUGGUCCUUUAGUUGGCCUGUAACUCUAUUGGACUGGAUCGUCCUUUAGUUGGCCUGUAACUCUAUUGGACUGGAUGGUCCUUUAGUUGGCCUGUAACUCUAUUGGACUGGAUGGUCCUUUAGUUGGCCUAUAACUCUAUUGGACUGGAUCGUCCUUUAGUUGGCCUGUAGCUCUAUUGGACUGGAUGGUCCUUUAGUUGGCCUGUAACUCUAUUGGACUGGAUGGUCCUUUAGUUGGCCUGUAGCUCUAUUGGACUGGAUCGUCCUUUAGUUGGCCUGUAACUCUAUUGGACUGGAUCAUCCUUUAGUUGGCCUAUAACUCUAUUGGACUGGAUGGUCUGUUCCACACAAGAUGAUGAUUAUCCAGAAAUCUUUUUCUCAAUAUUUCAACUCAGAUGUUGAGCAGAGAAGGUUCCCUCCUGAAUUGGCCGUAAUAAUGAGAAGAAUAUAUGAAUGUGAUGUAGAAUGUGUUUUUAUAUGAAUGCAUGCCUCUGCUGAAGGAGAUAAUGCCUCUACCAGUCCCUCUACCAGUCCCUCUACCAGUGCCUCUACCAGUGCCUCUACCAGUCCCUCUACCAGUGCCUCUACCAGUCCCUCUACCAGUCCCUCUACCAGUGCCUCUACCAGUCCCUCUACCAAUGCCUCUACCAGUGCCUCUACCAGUGCCCCUACUAGUCCCUCUACCAGUGCCCCUACCAAUGCCCCUACCAGUGCCACUACCAGUGCCUCUACCAGUCCCUCUACCAGUGCCCCUACCAGUGCCUCUACCAGUGCCUCUACCAGUGCCCCUACCAGUGCCUCUACCAGUCCCUCUACCAGUGCCUCUACCAGUCCCUCUACCAGUGCCCCUACCAGUGCCUCUACCAGUGCCUCUACCAGUGCCCCUACCAGUGCCUCUACCAGUGCCCCUACCAGUGCCUCUACCAGUGUCCCCUACCAGUGCCUCUACCAGUGCCCCUACCAGUGCCUCUACCAGUCCCUCUACCAGUCCCUCUACCAGUGCCUCUACCAGUGCCUCUACCAGUGCCUCUACCAGUCCCUCUACCAGUGCCUCUACCAGUCCCUCUACCAGUCCCUCUACCAGUCCCUCUACCAGUGCCCCUACUAGUCCCUCUACCAGUGCCCCUACCAAUGCCCCUACCAGUGCCACUACCAGUGCCUCUACCAGUCCCUCUACCAGUGCCCCUACCAGUGCCUCUACCAGUGCCCCUACCAGUGCCCCUACCAGUCCCUCUACCAGUCCCUCUACCAGUGCCCCUACCAGUGCCUCUACCAGUCCCUCUACCAGUCCCUCUACCAGUGCCUCUACCAGUUCCCCUACCAGUCCCUCUACCAGUGCCUCUACCAGUGCCCCUACCAGUGCCUCUACCAGUGCCCCUACCAGUGCCUCUACCAGUGCCUCUACCAGUCCCUCUACCAGUGCCUCUACCAGUGCCUCUACCAGUGCCCCUACCAGUGCCUCUACCAGUCCCUCUACCAAUGCCUCUACCAGUGUCCCCUACCAGUGCCUCUACCAGUGCCCCUACCAGUGCCUCUACCAGUGCCCCUACCAGUGCCCCUACCAGUGCCUCUACCAGUGCCUCUACCAGUGCCUCUACCAGUCCCUCUACCAGUGCCUCUACCAGUCCCAAAAGAGAGUCAUCUUCAGGGACCCAUCCAUGCCCAUAACCAAUCAUAACCUAUCUAACAAUAAUUGCAUCUUUUAG